AUGCCGGUGCCAAGGUCUUCUCCAGCACUUCAGCAUUCCACGCUGGUGCCCAGCACCCGUCCAGCGUCCCACGCCGGCGCCCAGGUCUCGUCCAGCGUUCCAGCGUCCCACGCCGGCGCCCAGGUUCUGUCCAGCACUUCAGUGUCCCACGCCGGUUCCUCAGGUCCGGUCCAGCGUCCCACGCCGGCGCCCAGGUCUCGUCCAGCACUUCAGUGUCCCACGCCGGUUCCUCAGGUCCCGUCCAGCAUCCCACGCCGGCUCCCAGCGCCCAUCCAGCGUCCCACGCCGGCGCCCAGGUUCUGUCCAGCACUUCAGUGUCCCAUGCCGGUUCCUCAGGUCCCAUCCAGCAUCCCAUGCUGGCACCCAGGAUGCGAAAAGCUGGCUGUAGCAGCUGAGCUGGGUAACAGUACGCCUGCUCUGUUCAUCAUUUUGCCACCCACAAACAUCUCCAACGUGCAGGUCAUGUGA